AUGUACCUCAGGGCGGCAGGGCAACUGACGUCAGGGAUCACUGCAGACGUCAGGGAUCACUGCAGACGUCAGGGAUCACUGCAGACGUCAAGGAUCACUGCAGACGUCAGGGAUCACUGCAGACGUCAGGGAUCACUGCAGACGUCAGCCUUCACUGCAGACGUCAGCCUUCACUGCAGACGUCAGGGAUCACUGCAGACGUCAAGGAUCACUGCAGACGUCAGGGAUCACUGCAGACGUCAACCUUCACUGCAGACGUCAGGGAUCACUGCAGACGUCAAGGAUCACUGCAGACGUCAGGGAUCACUGCAGACGUCAACCUUCACUGCAGACGUCAGGGAUCACUGCAGACGUCAGCCUUCACUGCAGACGUCAGCCUUCACUGCAGACGUCAAGGAUCACUGCAGACGUCAGCCUUCACUGCAGACGUCAGCCUUCACUGCAGACGUCAAGGAUCACUGCAGACGUCAGCCUUCACUGCAGACGUCAGGGAUCACUGCAGACGUCAGCCUUCACUGCAGACGUCAACCUUCACUGCAGACGUCAGGGAUCACUGCAGACGUCAGGGAUCACUGCAGACGUCAACCUUCACUGCAGACGUCAGGGAUCACUGCAGACGUCAGCCUUCACUGCAGACGUCAGCCUUCACUGCAGACGUCAAGGAUCACUGCAGACGUCAGCCUUCACUGCAGACGUCAGCCUUCACUGCAGACGUCAAGGAUCACUGCAGACGUCAGCCUUCACUGCAGACGUCAGGGAUCACUGCAGACGUCAGCCUUCACUGCAGACGUCAGCCUUCACUGCAGACGUCAACCUUCACUGCAGACGUCAGGGAUCACUGCAGACGUCAGGGAUCACUGCAGACGUCAGGGAUCACUGCAGACGUCAAGGAUCACUGCAGACGUCAGGGAUCACUGCAGACGUCAGCCUUCACUGCAGACGUCAGGUAUCACUGCAGACGUCAGGGAUCACUGCAGACGUCAGGGAUCACUGCAGACGUCAGGGAUCACUGCAGACGUCAGGGAUCACUGCAGACGUCAGGGAUCACUGCAGACGUCAGCCUUCACUGCAGACGUCAGGGAUCACUGCAGACGUCAGCCUUCACUGCAGACGUCAGGGAUCACUGCAGACGUCAACCUUCACUGCAGACGUCAGGGAUCACUGCAGACGUCAGGGAUCACUGCAGACGUCAGCCUUCACUGCAGACGUCAGGGAUCACUGCAGACGUCAGCCUUCACUGCAGACGUCAGCCUUCACUGCAGACGUCAGGGAUCACUGCAGACGUCAGCCUUCACUGCAGACGUCAGCCUUCACUGCAGACGUCAGGGAUCACUGCAGACGUCAGGGAUCAUUGCAGACGUCAGGGAUCACUGCAGACGUCAGGGAUCACUGCAGACGUCAGCCUUCACUGCAGACGUCAGCCUUCACUGCAGACGUCAGGGAUCACUGCAGACGUCAGGGAUCACUGCAGACGUCAACCUUCACUGCAGACGUCAGCCUUCACUGCAGACGUCAGCCUUCACUGCAGACGUCAGCCUUCACUGCAGACAGGUGUCAUUCAAAAUUCAAAUGUAG